UGAGUCACGUGACCAUUGUUUUUCUUUUGACUGAUGCCGUCACGUCAUUCUGGAAAUUAAGUGUCAGGUCGAGUGACCCAGUGUGUUUCUAUACUUUUACACGUCCUUGUUAACUUUAACGAAGAAUGACGACUUAACGAGAGAGUUAAAGGAUUUCUGGAUUUCAUGAAACGACGACAUAAAGAGAGUGGUUAAUAAAAAGGGAGAGCAUAGACCAAAUAUUUCUUUGGAUGGCAUAAACUCUUAUGACCUGAAAGAAUGAGUCAUAGAUGGGCACCAAAUACCUGGGUGAAAGUUGGCUGUCUCAGCUGGAGGAACAUCUUCCACCCGAGGAACAGGGGCCGUAAAGGAUGGCUCUUUAAAGCUAACCAGGUAGCUAGACAAAGGCUUGGACUCCACACCAGCACCCUGUAUUUGAAUACUUCAACCUCACGUUGGUCCACUGGUCUGAGCCAACACAUGUCACGAGUCAGGAACACACUGGACACAGUUUCUAAAGCUGUGAGUGGGACACAUACAGAACUUCUCUCCAAGAUUGCCAAACUCAAACCUAAGGCUUUGAAUAAGGCUGAGGUCAGUGUUGAAUCAACACCAAAAGCUGAGGAGAGUGCUUUUACAGCUACUCCUGCUCAGGCUAAUGGUGCUUCUCCUUCAACAUCCACUACACCCAAACCUAACUCAUCUUCUGCCAGUCCCACCGUUCCUGCUUCUGCUACUGCAUUUGAUACAAGUGCUACUACCUCCACUUGUUCUCACAAUUCCACGCAAGCAUCUGUCGCUGCCACAGUUCUGACUGUGCGGGAACUUAAGGAGAAAAGACUUCGUCGUGUUGUUCCUGCUGUCAAAGCCAGUUUUCCCAGGAAGGAAGAGGAGCUUAACCCUUCAUCAAGUGACACUGAGAAUAAAAGCACAACUUCCAAACAAACCACAGCACUUUUCCAUCCCAGCACCUUUUCAGUCAACUUGGAUGAGACUUACAACUACCUGGCCCAUCACAUCAACUCAUACUUUGGCAGCAGUACAAAGACUCAGGACAAUAAAGUGAACAAUGAUGACAAUUCCUCUGCUUCCUCUCAGGGUCAACAAACUAGUGAGCUCAUGCCAGUAUCUGAUAAAAGAGACCCUGCUUCACCAGCUACUCCUUCUUCCUCUAAGAAGGGUUUUGGACACUACCUGUCCUACUCAGCUCCCACUGUGCAAGCCUUUGUUGGGAGCUAUAUUGCUCCCCUGGUCCCCAGGUUCAGAACAGGUGAGUCCAAGACAGUUACAGUAGAGGAGAAGAAGCCUCAGGAUGCAGCAGUUAAACAGGUUGAUGCCACAAUUAGUAAGGAGCAGAAGGCUGCAGAGGAGAAAGCCAAGAAACUUCUACUCCAAAGGGAAAAGAUCAUUGCCAGGGUGAGUGUGGAUAAUCGAACUCGGGGACUGGUCCAGGCUCUACACAGGGCGUCAGAUGUAAGGGUCUACAUCAACAGGGUGGAGGACCUCAGCUACCAUCUCCUGGAGUUUCCAGAGACCCGUGGUGUUGCUGUCAAGGAGAAGGUUAUCCCUUGUCUCCUGCGUCUGAAGCAGGCCAGUGACCCAGGGCUGAGGGCAGCAGUUAGAGAAGCCCUUGCUCUGGUGGGCUACCACAAACCUGUAAAAGGCCGUGGCAUACGCAUCCUUUCCAUAGAUGGAGGAGGUUUGAGGGGACUUCUUGCACUUCAGACUUUACACAAGCUGGAAGCAUUGACCGGCAAACCCAUUUACAAAAUGUUUGAUUAUAUCUGUGGUGUCAGCACAGGUGCUAUCAUAGGGUUCAUGUUAGGUGUCUUCCAAAUGCCACUGGACGAGUGUGAUGACAUUUACCGGAAGCUGGGCUCAGAUGUUUUCAAGCAGAAUGUCAUUGUUGGCACUGUGAAGAUGGGCUGGAGCCACGCUUUCUAUGAUAGUGAAGCCUGGGAGAACAUCCUCAAAGAGAAAAUGGGUUCUCACCUCCUGGUGGAGACUUCAAGAAACCCUGAAUGCCCCAAGGUGGCAGCGGUGAGCACCAUUGUGAACCGAGGCACUCCUCUGAAGGCCUAUGUGUUCAGAAACUACAACCUGCUGCCUGGGGUUCGCUCACACUACCUGGGGGGCUGCCAGCACCAACUCUGGCAGGCCAUCCGAGCCACGUCAGCAGCCCCUGGGUAUUUCCAGGAGUUCACCUUGGGGAAUGAUCUCCACCAGGAUGGAGGUCUGCUGAUUAACAACCCCACAGCGCUGGCUGUCCACGAGUGUAAGUGUUUGUGGCCUAACACGCCCUUGGAGUGUGUGGUCUCGCUCGGUACAGGCCGCUUUGAAAACCCUGGAAAGAACAGCACCACCUACACAAGUCUCAAAACCAAACUCACCAAUGUCAUCAGCAGCGCCACCGAUACUGAGGAGGUUCACGCCAUGCUCGACGCCUUCCUCCCUCCUGGCACAUAUUUCCGCUUCAACCCCUACAUGAGCGAAGACAUCUCCAUGGAUGAAAACCGACAAGAGAAGCUCAACCUGCUGCAGGCUGAGGGCAUCCGCUACCUGGAAAGGAACGAGGAGAAGCUGAAAAAGGUCACUCGCAUCCUCAUCCGAGAGAAAAGCUCCGUCCAGAGGAUGGCAGAGUGGGCCAGGCUCAAGGCCGACAUGUAUAAUGGUCUUUCUUUUUACUCCUCUAAGCUGUAGGUCCAACACAAGCCACCUUUACCUCACAUGGAAACUCUUCCCUUAUUCUAAAUUGCCUAGAAUAUGUCAUGUUACCAUGAUUAGUGUCAUAGUUGUUGACUUCUUGGCCUGUACUUUCACAGAAAAAAUAUGUAAAUGGAAAAUAUGUGGUAUUGAAAAAAUGUAAGUAUUUGUUAAGCUAAGCUGCCAACAUAUAACACUGUAGAGCAAGGAGAAAAAAAUAUCCUAUUUUUGUAAACAGUCUAACCGAGGUCAAUCAGACAUUUCUCAGCUGUAAUGACUAAAAAUUGCACAUUUAACAAAGCAGCGACUCAUCAGCUAUUGAUAUCAACAACAUCGGUACACGAAGGCCCACUUCAAGCUCUGCUGUAUCAUAUGUUGUAUGUAAAUGCAUGUUAUAUUUAGAUGUUACACACAAAAACAAGUCACUAUCUAGAAAAAAAAAAACUACAAAAAAGUGUAAGAUGCAAAGAUUUCCUGCAAUAUUUAAUUCUAAUACACAUAUAAUGAUUCAUGAUAAUGAAUAAAUAUGAAUAGCAGAUAUAUAAUUUGUAAUAAAUAUGGGGCCUCACUGUCAUAAGGAUGUGCUUUUAUGUAUUAUUUUAUCCUCAAAGUAUUUUAGUUCAGUUGUUUCAAACACUUUUAUCAUUGUGUGCUUGAUUGUUUGGUUCUAUGGAUUCCCCACAGGCUAUGCACAUGUUUUUUGCUCUGUCUUCAGUGUGCCCUCUUUCCCUUUGAUGCCUCUUCUCUAAAGCCUCUUUUCCCCUUUCUACCUUGAAGUGCUGUGUUUCAGUCCCCACUCUGCUGUGCUGCGCUAAUGUUUGUUGCAAUCAUGCAGGUUUUAGCCGAAAGACUGACUUUAAAGAGAUUGCUGCUUAUUGAUUUGUCAUGGUUGAAAAUGAUCCUGUGUUGCUGUGUCUUGUGCUUUAAAUAAAAUGCACUGCAGAUGCUCAUUUCCAUGCCCAACCUGGUCAAGUACUGUAUAACCAGUCCCCAGAGGACCUGAAGUAAAGUGGACACAGAUAUUAGCCAGAUUGAUGUAAUUCCACUGUUCUCCUGUUGGACCUGUGUAAAGACUGUUUGAGAGUGUAUGUAAUUAAAACCCAUCACUCAA